AUCUUAGUCACCUUGAUCUUAGUCAGUUUUAUCUUCCAGGCACCUUGAUCUGACAGGCACCAUGAUGUGGGAGAUAUCGAGAGUGACUCUGGUGACAGUACUACUGAUGCUACUGGUGCCCCAGGACAUCCAUGCUACCUCUGCUCAAGAACCAGAAGAUGUAGUUUGUGAAACCAUCAUCAACUCUCUUCUGGAUGACUUAUUAAGUAACAUUACCGACCCACUGCCCUUGAAGACUCCGCUGGAUCUCAUUGUCAACAUGGAUUUUAUGGCCGAUCUCAAGCUGACCAUGAUCAACACAACGCUGGCAGAUGUGACGGAAUUCUAUGCCCAGGAAUGUAGCCACGACAGUGAUACUAAGGUUAUCACUUUGACAUUGAGAGCGCCUACACUUACCCUCUUCACUCCAGCCUAUGUUAUCAACGGCACCGUAGUAGAGCACAUCAAUCUUCACGGCCAGGGAGUUGCAACGAUCGUCGCCGAGGACCUCGACAUCAGUGUAACGGGGAAAGGCACCAUACAUACACUAAAUCCUAUAUAUAUGCAGUUUGAAUAUGCAACUCUUGACUUGAAAAUGAGCAGUUGGACGGUAAACUUCGAAGGCAUGAUGCCAGGGACAGACAUUGGCACACUCUUCAAUGAGUUCUUCACCGAACACGGAUCAGAGAUCCUAGGCAUGAUUGCCAAGAAAAUCAAUGAAAGUGGCGAACUUCUCGACUUCCUCAACAAUCUGCUCCCCUACCACACAACUGAUGCUACUAUUACUACUAGUACUACUACUACUACUACUACUACUACUACUACUACUGCUGCUGCUGCUGCUACUGCUUCUCCUCCUAAUUAAAAAAUCUUAUAUAAAGAACCCAGAAAACUUAAACUCUGCCUGCACCUCUAGAGUUGCCAUGUCAGUGGAGUAAGUAUAUAGGUAAGAAAGUAUCCUGCAUAGGAACGUGUCAUGUCAAGCAUGUCAUCACUGAGUGAUGACAUGUUUGGUCUGUAUAAUAAAGUGCGUAUAAUGAAAA